AUGACUCGACUUGCGCCAGUGACAGGUGCCCCUCGAAAAAAAUAUACCAGUAGCAUACCUCAAUCGAGGCAUAUCGAUCUCCUCAAAGGGUGGCCUCAUCCGAGUCUUCUGCCGCCUCAACAGUUAGACCAGGCUUCCUCUCGCAUUCUAUCUGACCCUUCAAAUACAGAUGUCUUGUUCUACGGUCCGGACGAAGGAUACGAACCACUGAGGGAAGCGAUAGCUAAAUGGCUUCAUCAAUUUUACAACUCAAACAAACUCAUCACAAGCGAGAGGAUAUGCAUCAGUGGGGGUGCCAGCCAGAACUUGGCUUGCAUUUUGCAGACCUUCACUGAUCCCAUAUACACUCGAAACGUCUGGAUGGUAGCUCCUACUUACUAUCUGGCAUGUAGGAUUUUCACCGACGCUGGCUUCGACAAUCGGCUCAGGGGAGUCCCCGAGGACGAGGAAGGCAUCGACCUCGGGUAUCUUGAGCAGGGCCUUCAGCAGAGUGAGCAACAAGCAUUAGCGGAGGACAACACACAACCCAGGAUAAAGACGCCGAAGGCAUGGAGGAAGAUUUAUAAGCACAUCAUCUACGCGGUGCCUACCUUCGCCAAUCCUUCGGGUCGAAUCAUGAGCCUACACCAUAGACAACAGUUGGUACGUCUGGCGCGCAAGUACGAUGCCCUGGUCGUCACAGACGAUGUGUACGACAUGCUACUGUGGCCAUCGGACCCAGAGAACGGAAACCGUGCGAUACGUAGAGCAGUAUUGCCGCGGAUUGUGGACAUUGACCGAGAACUUGAUGGUGGGCCGAUUGAUGAUUUUGGGAAUGCAAUAAGCAAUGGUAGUUUCAGCAAGAUUAUCGCUCCCGGUUGCCGAACAGGCUGGGCAGAAGGCACCCCAGCAAUGGCUUAUGGCAUGUCCCAGACAGGUUCCAGUCGAUCAGGAGGAGCUCCUUCGCAUCUGGUGGCAUCCUUCAUCUACCAAAUGCUGGCUACAGGUACCUUAACUGACCACAUCUACAAAGAAUUGCAGCCUGCAUACGCGGCGCGGUACCACACAAUGAUGGAAGCAGUCAAGGGCCAUCUUCUCCCACUAGGUUUGACCAUGCCGCAGGCAGAUAGAGAUGUUGCGGGUGGAUAUUUCAUUUGGUUGACUCUGCCAGGGUCGGUGGACUCGACCCGGAUCUACAAGAGGGCAUUGGAAGAAGAGAAUGUAACAAUCAUCUCGGGACCGUUAUUUAAAGUCGACGGCGACGAACACAACAAGCAAACCCGGUUUGAGAAAGAUCUCCGGCUGUGCUAUGCAUGGGAAGACGAGGAUGUGCUCGAGGAAGGCGUCAUCCGGCUGGCCCGUGUGAUCAGACGCGAAAUGGAAGAUGAUCAAAUCAGAUGA